CACCAGCACAAGGCUCAGGGCUGCCUGUGCUCUGUCUGCUUUGGCCUAGCUGCCUUUCCCCCUUAUAAGACCCGUGGCAGAAACCGCUGUAGUCUGUUCCUGGUAUUCGAAAAGAAGAAAAAAAAAUUACGUGUGCCUGAGACCUUCACUAUGAGUAACCCUUUCCAGCACCUAGCUGAGCCUCUUGACCCUGCUCAUCCAGAUAAGAAGUUCUACAAUCUCAACAAGUUAAGUGAUUCACGAUACGCCUGCCGUUUUUCUAUUAGAGUCCUCCUUGAGGCAGCCAUCAGAAACUGUGAUGGAUUCCUAGUAAAGAAAACUGAUGUUGAAAACAUUUUAAAACUGGAAGGUUAAUCAAGUCAGAAUGUGGAAGUACCGUUUCGACCUGCUCGAGUUAUAUUGCAGGACUUUACAGGUGUCCCUGCUGUUGUAGAUUUUGCAGCUAUGCGGGACGCAGUAAAGCGUCUGGGAGGUGACCCAGAAACGAUAAAUCCAAUUUGUCCUGCAGACCUGGUCAUUGAUCACUCUAUCCAGGUGGAUUUCAGUAGCAGGUCGGACAUCCUACAAAAGAAUCAGGAUUUGGAAUUUGAGAACCGAGAAAGAUUUGAAUUUUUAAAGUGGGGGCACAAGGCCUUUCAAAAUAUGAGAAUCAUUCCUCCAGGCUCUGGAAUCAUACAUCAGGUCAACCUGGAAUACUUGGCAAGAGUAGUGUUUGAUCAGGGUGGCUACUACUAUCCAGAUAGCCUUGUUGGAACAGACUCACACACUAAUAUGAUUGAUGGCUUGGGGGGUACUUGGUGGAGAGGUGUUGGUGGGAUUGAAGCAGAAGCUGUUAUGCUUGGUCAGCCAAUCAGCAUGGUGAUCUGCCUGAAGGUAAUUGGAUAUAAAGUAAUGGGAAAUCCUCAUACACUGGUAACUUCUACAGACAUUGUGCUCACCGUGACCAAGCACCUUCGACAAGUUGGAGGUGGCAAAUUUGUGGAGUUUUUUGGCCCUGGUGUAGUGCAUCUCUCUAUUGCCGACCGUGCCACAAUUGCCAACAUGUGUCCAGAGUAUGGUGCUACUGCAGCUUUCCCUGUUGAUUUGGUUAGUGUGCAGUAUCUGCAGCAAACGGGCCGUGAAGAAGAGAAAGUCAAAUACAUUCAGAAGUAUUUGGAGUCGGCUGGCCUGUUCAGAGACUUCAGUAAUGUAGAGGAAGACCCAGAUUUUACUCAGGUGGUAGAGUUAGAUCUCAGCACUGUUGUGCCUUGUUGCAGUGGACCCAAAAGGCCGCAAGACAAAGUAGCAGUUUCAGAUAUGAAAAGUGAUUUUGAGAACUCAUUAGGAGCCAAGCAAGGAUUCAAAGGUUUCCAAGUUCCCCAAGAACAUCACAAUAGCAAAGUCAGUUUUUCAUUUAAUGGAGGUGACUAUGAGCUUUCCCAUGGUUCUGUGGUUAUUGCGGCAAUCACUAGUUGCACAAACACCAGCAACCCUUCUGUCAUGCUAGGAGCAGGAUUAUUAGCCAGAAAUGCAGUAAAUGCUGGGUUGACUGUGAAGCCAUACAUUAAAACAAGCCUGUCUCCUGGAAGUGGUGUAGUGACAUAUUACUUGGGGGAUAGCGGAGUUAUGCCAUACCUUUCUAAGCUUGGUUUCGACGUUGUAGGAUAUGGUUGCAUGACCUGCAUCGGUAAUAGUGGACCUUUGCCUGAUCCAGUUGUGGAAGCCAUUAAUCAGGGAGACUUAGUGGCAGUUGGAAUUUUGUCUGGCAACAGGAAUUUUGAAGGUCGUGUUCAUCCAAAUACACGUGCGAACUACCUGGCAUCUCCACCACUUGUCAUUGCCUAUGCCAUUGCGGGAACCAUCAGGAUUGAUUUUGAGAAAGAUCCUUUGGGUAUUAAUUCAGAUGGCAAACCCGUGUAUUUGAGAGAUAUUUGGCCCUCAAGAGAGGAAAUACAAGCUGUGGAACGCCAGUUUGUCAUUCCUAGUAUGUUCAAAGAGGUUUAUGAAAAAAUCGAGAAAGUUAAUGAAAGCUGGAAUAAUUUAAAAGCACCUACAGAUCAGUUAUACCCUUGGGACCCAAAAUCAACCUACAUUAAAUCACCGCCUUUUUUUGACAAUCUGACAAUGGAACUUCAGCCUCCUAAAUCCAUCACUGAAGCAUAUGUCCUCUUAAAUUUGGGAGAUUCCGUAACUACUGAUCACAUAUCUCCUGCUGGGAACAUUGCAAGGAACAGUCCUGCAGCACGAUAUCUUACUAACAAAGGUUUGACUCCAAGAGAAUUUAACUCGUAUGGCUCACGCAGAGGGAACGAUGCAAUCAUGGCGAGGGGAACAUUUGCAAACAUUCGUUUGUUAAACAAAUUCUUGAACAAGCAGGCUCCUCAGACCAUACACUUACCUACAAAUGAAACGCUUGAUAUUUAUGAUGCUGCUGAGAAAUACCAACAGGCUGGAUAUAAUCUGAUCAUUCUGACUGGGAAGGAGUACGGUUCAGGAAGUUCCAGGGACUGGGCUGCAAAGGGACCAUUCCUACAGGGAAUCAAGGCUGUCCUUGCAGAGAGCUAUGAACGUAUACACAGAAGCAACCUGGUGGGGAUGGGAAUAAUACCCUUGCAGUAUUUACCAGGAGAGACUGCAGAGACAUUAGGACUUACUGGUCGGGAGCGUUAUACCAUCAUCAUUCCUGAGGACAAAGACAUUCGACCAGGCAUGAAUGUGGAGAUUAAGCUUGAUACUGGAAAGACAUUUGAAGCCAUCAUGAGAUUUGAUACAGAUGUGGAACUCACUUAUUUCCGAAAUGGAGGCAUCUUGAACUACAUGAUCCGAAAAAUGGCAACCUCUAGUUAAAAAAAACUGAGUCUUUUCUUCACCAUGAACAAUCUGCCAAGACCUCACUCUCAUGAUUUAUUAGUUUACAGUUUUUUAAUGUAAAUUUGGGAUGGGAGAAGAUUAGACUGCUCGGUAUAUUACAUUUAUUACGUCCUUCAAUUGGUUGCUAAAGUAGUUGCAGUAAUGGAAAUUCAACAUACUGAAACUGCUGGUUUACACAUUCUUUUAAAAAUAGAAUUUCAUAAUUUAAAUGCUAUAGUAAGAAACUGUCCAUGAGUAAACGUCACCCUAGCUAGACAAAUGUGGGCCUACUAGAUUUCUUAUGUAAAAUUUACAUUUUUUUUGUUCUCCAAAAUUCCCAUUGAAGAUAAAUAAUGCACAUUAAUAAAGAAUCAAUCUAAAUAAAAGUAAAUAAACUUUCUUUUGUGAAAAAAA